AUGGCUGUGUUUCUUGUGCGCCCUCCUCGGGUCACAGCCAUCCUGGGCGACGAGACCGCCAAGAAGAAAGAGGAUCCAGAUGGGCUGCCUACUUCUGACCCAGCGGCCAGCGCUGUUCCAGCUGCUGCUGCUGCUGCUUCUGUCGUCGUCUUUUCUUUCUUUUCCCCAAAAACGUCCCCUUCCACGUUUCUUCCCCCCCUGUGCGGCGACGACCUCACGCGCCAGCAUCCCGGCGGCGAUCGUCGACACGCUCGAGCGGACGACGACACUGGUGUGAAGAAGAAGAAGAAGAAGAGAGCGAGCGCCGCUUCUCAGACCUGCCCAUUGCCUACAGGCCGAAACGACUGGAACAUCGUUGCGCGGGCCGAGCCGAGGAGCAGAGAGCGCCACCCCCAUCAUCGCCACGGUUGA